AGCGGUUUAAGUAGGAUUGGAAGUAGAACUGGAGUCAGCAACCAGAGGAUUAGGAGGAGCUUUGUUAACAGCGGUGCGGGCUGGGAUUCUGCACUGUACGCUGCUUUCUUCCAGCGCAGAGCACAGGGUGCAUUGAAAUAAACUGGACCUUUAGAGCACAGGGUGCAUCGAAAUCAACCGGACCCAUUGCAAAAAUGCCAUCCUUGCGACAGCGCUUUGAGAAGUUCCUGGACGAGAAGAACUUCUUGACCAACAUGCUCGACAAGAUUGAGAAGAAGACGGGCGUGCGUAAAUACCAUCUGGCCGCAGGUUCAAUUACUACCCUUGGCCUAUAUCUUGUGUUUGGAUAUGGAGCAUCUCUGUUAUGCAAUUUGAUUGGUUUUGUAUAUCCAGCUUAUUUUUCAAUCAAAGCUAUUGAAAGCACAGAUAAAGAGGAUGAUACAAAAUGGUUGACGUACUGGGUGGUAUAUGGAAUAUUCAGUGUUGCUGAAUUCUUCUCGGAUAUCUUCCUAUAUUGGUUCCCUUUUUACUACGUAGGCAAGUGUCUUUUCCUCCUGUGGUGCAUGGCACCUGUGGUAUGGAAUGGUUCCCAGCUCAUCUACAAUCGAAUAGUCCGCCCUCUGUUCCUCAAACAUCAGAACCGGGUGGAUAGUGUUGUUAACGACCUCAGCAGCAAGGCUCUGAAUGCAGCUGAAUGCGUGACGAGGGAAGUUUUGCAGACAUUGUGCAACAACAAGAACCUCGUCAGGGCAGAUGCAAGACCUAAACAGUUAGCUGGAGCGUCUAGUCCGCUGUCAGUAGACUGAUGGCAGGAAGGUAUACAAGAUGGUAAUGUGGCCCCUGCAAUGAAGCUACACUUGGACAAAAACAAGGAUAACUGAGAACCUCGUGCUGAACAGACCACCUGCAAGAUGAAGCUACUCCCACCAGAAAAAGACCUAUAAUUCAGGCAUGACAGCAACAGUCUGAAAAGGAAUGCAUGUGGUUUAAUUUUCCAAGCGCGAUUUGUGAUUGGAAUCUAAAAUAACCUGCCUUUUCUUUCAGAAGCCAACCCUCUUUUUUUUUGAGUAUUUUACUCUUCAGAUCCAAUGCCUCUCAUGCCUGAGUUAUAUAAUUGACCUGCAGCAGAAGAUGUAAUCCAUAAAAUCUCCUUUGGAAGUAACUGAUAGCAGAACCGUUCUUCCUCUACCUCACCUGGGGUCUGAACUGGGACUGUCGAUGAAUAUACUCCAUAAAGUACACCAACCAUAGACAUGCAGUCAAUUAUUUCCCAACGUUAACAACCUCCAUCUCAAUACCCGUUGUUAGCAGGAGAAAACGUUUCUGUUUACUGUUGGUGUUGUUAUAACUCCGCUUCAUAAAUGUAGGAUUGUACCUCAACACACCCUGUUUUACUGGCUGUUCAUAAUGGAGAAUAUUUUUAAGAUUGGAAAUAUAUGGCAAAGAAUGAAAUGAUUUUAUAUCGAUUUUGCUUACUUGUGCGUAGAUUAGUCCAAAAUGAUUUGAUUAUCCUGUUGAUUGGAAUAAAUUAUGGAGCCAGAAUAUUGAAUAUUAAAUUAUUGGGUCGGAAUAUUUUGCAUGUACUUGCCAAUGGUUCAGAUGGUUAGCAUUGAAUCUGUUUGUGUGGAAUAACUAUGAAGGAAUUCUGAGAUACUGCGGCAACUUGUGCACGUGAUCACAUUUCCUUGCGCUGCUAAAUUAAUAUUCUCAUCUUGUACUUUGAUACCAACUCCACUUAACAAUUCCUAAUUUAACUUGCCAGUAGAGCAGAAUUUUUCCAAAAACAUCUGUUUCAGGGAUUUUAUACAGUUGUUCGUUAUUCUACGUGCAUUGAUCCUGGCCUUGAGGUAGGUGUGUGGGAUCGUUUGUUUCCCUUCAUGCUGAACACUGAAAUUGCAUUGAACCUACUUUUCUAUCUCCCACUCAAAACGAUGUAAGCUUGUCUCCAAUAUCACAACCUUGCAUACCUCCCUACAAGGAGAGAUUGUGUUCAAUACUAUUGUGGGCACAGGUGGAUAAGGCUGGUGAGGGACCAUAUUUUAGACUGGCUCAAACUUCAAUUAACCAAAUAUCCUAGAUGAAAGUCGAAAAGUGAUUCCUAAAUGGUUUUGACAUGAACUACAAUUGUGUGGUGGAAGGAAUUACACUUCUAAUUUAGCAAUAAGAUAGUAUAAAAUAUAAACUACCACUUCUCAUUUAAUUCAGAGAGAUGUAGGUUAAAUUGUCGCAAAAAAACAUUUGAGUGUGACUUUCUGGACCUUUGCUUAACUUGCAAGUCAUCUGAGACUUUUGAGGCUUUUUGAUUAUUGUUAUUAGGGGAUGUCUAGUUUGUAUUCCAUCAGGAUGAAAAAUGGGUUGCAAUAGAUGCUGUGACUGAGAGGAAUGUGUAGGGAAAAGUAACUUUUCACUGCACCAGAUUAUCACUGGAAACUGCUGUAGCAUUCCUGUAACUUGUUUAAGGAGGAUUUCGGACCAGGUUCUCUCUUAUCCAUAUACUUUGCAUAAUGCCUUUGGAAGAGAUGACACAUUUUUGAUGUACAGGGGUGGGAGGGGAAAGGAAAGGGAGAGUUGGUUAACAACUUUGUAUUUUAGGGCAAGCAAUCUUUUUAAGCUCCAAGUAAUGAAUCGAUAGAGAAAACAUGUGGGUCUCUGGUAGAAAAAUGUACAAAAUAUUAAAAGUGCAAUUUUGUGCUGUCUACCUGUUAUUAACUAUUGUGGAAUCCAAUGUCUGCAGCCCCUGCUUUCUGAUGGAGCUUGAAAACAAUGUUUUGCUGUUGUGGGGACUUUUCUAUCGAUUUCACAGAGUUGAGAAGUUUUAAUAAUGUGUUUACUGGAAUAAUGACUCUAUAUGUUAGAUGCACUCUUUGUUAAAGUAAGCUCAAUAAAAACAAAAAUCUA